ACAACUGAGGCAUUGGAAGUAGACGAGACCCCCCAAGCCCGCAGCAAGCUCCGGAUCGCCUCAAUACUCGUUGCACUCUACCUCGUACUCUUCAUUUCAGCCCUCGACCAGACCAUCGUCGCAACCUCCAUCCCCACCAUCUGCGCUGCGCUCCACUCCGCCUCCGGCUACACCUGGAUCGGCGGCGCAUACCUGCUCGCCAACGCAGCCACGGGCCCGAUCUGGACGCGAUGCAGCGACAUCUGGGGUAGAAAGCCAGCGCUACUGAGCGCAGUCGCCAUCUUCGGCAUCGCCAGCAUCAUCGCCGCGCUCAGCACCAGCAUGCGCAUGCUAAUCGCCGCCCGCGCGCUCCAAGGCACAGCCGGCGGCGGGCUGAUCCAGAUGGUGUACAUCACGAUCUCAGACCUCUUCAGCAUGCGGCGACGAGCGCUGCACUUCGGGCUCAUGGGUCUGAUCUGGGCCGUGGCCGGCACGACAGGGCCGCUGAUCGGAGGCGCCCUGACGCAGCUGGCGACCUGGCGAUGGUGCUUCUGGCUCAACCUACCCGUAUGCGGCGCAGCGCUCACCCUCCUGACCCUCUUCCUCGACGUCCACAACCCACGCACCAGCCUCUCGCACGGCCUCAAAGCCAUCGACUGGCCCGGCACCGCCUGCCUCCUGGCCGUCUCGCUCCUCCUCCUCCUAGGCCUCGACCUCGGCGGCGCAAGCUAUCCGUGGUCCAGCGCGCGCAUCAUCAGCCUCCUGGCCGCAGGCACCUUCAUGGCCGCCGUCUUCCUAUACACGCAGCACCGCCUCUCCAAAUACCCACUGCUCCCCCUGCACCUGUUCCAGAGUAACCGGACCACGCUGCUCGCCCCCCUGGCCCUGGGCUUCGCCCACAGCAUGGUCGCCCUCGGCACAGAGUACUACCUCCCGCUGUACUUCCAAGCAGUGCAACAAGCCUCCCCGCUGCGCAGCGGCCUCCUCCUCCUCCCGCUAAUGCUCACCGAAGCCGCCACCGACAUCCUGGUCGGCGUCCUCAUUCACCGCACCGGCCGCUACCGCGAGAUCGUCUGGGCCGGCGCCGCGCUCCUCACCCUCGGCACCGCCCUGCUCACCCUGCUCGACGUAGAUACCCCGCUCGCGCGCGUCUUUGGCCUUCAGGUCCUCGCUGCCCUGGGCACCGCCUGUCUCUUCCAGACCCCCAUGCUCGCCGUCCAAAACUCCGUGAGCCCGGCGGAGGCUGCCUCCGCGACUGCUACGUUGGGCUUCGUGCGUAACCUCGCCACGGCGCUGUCGGUCGUGCUCGGUGGCGUGAUCUUUCAGAAUGGUAUGCAGGCGAGGCAGGCGGGGUUGGCGGCUCUGGGGAUACAGGGCGAUGUGCUGAAGGCGUUGUCUGGGGAGGCGGCGGCGGCGAAUGUCGGGAUUGUGCGGAUGAUACGCGACGAGAGGCAGCGGAGAGCAGUGCGUGACGCGUUUGCGGGUAGUUUGAGGGUCAUGUUUGCGUUCUAUGCUGGUGUUGCGGGUGUGACGGUCGUCGGGGCCGCGUUUGUGAAGCAGAGGAGGUUGGCGACGGAGCAUACGGAGGUGAAGACUGGGGUGCAGCAUCUGAGGGAGCGGGGUGGGGAU